AUGGCCUCGCCGGCGGUGGCGAUGCGGCGCCCGUCCCCCACCGUCCUCGCCUCCGCCCCUCGCCGCCGUCCCCGCCGUCACCAGGAGUAUUCACCUUCCAACAUGGGCUCCCCAAGCUCGGCUUCACGGUUAAAAGUUACUGCACUUUUUGGGUGGAUCAAGGGAGAUAGAUAUUCGAGAACUCGUGAAUUGAUCCCUUCUGCUGAAUCGUACACUCUCACAGGGUCAGCCUCAGAGGUGGACAUGAAGCCACGUGAGGUAUCGAUUUCUGUUGUCUCUUCUAUUAUGGACAUACCUCCGGCAGAGUGGGAUGCAUGUGCAGUUGAUUCAGUUGAGCCUGAAAAGUUUAAUCCUUUUCUUACACAUGCAUUUCUCUCAAGCUUAGAGGAAUCAGGUUCUGCAGUGAAGGAAACAGGGUGGUUACCUCUGCAUGUUGUUGCACGGGACGAGAACCAAAAUAUUUUAGGUGUUGUUCCGCUUUACCUUAAAAGCCAUUCUAGGGGUGAGUUUGUAUUCGAUCAGUCAUGGGCUGAAGCUUACCACAGCUAUGGACUUGAAUACUAUCCAAAGUUGCAGUCUUGUGUCCCUUUUACUCCAGUAACUGGUCAAAGAAUAUUACUUCGGGAUACAUCCUACCGGGAUCAAGUUUUUGAUGCUUUAGUAAAAGCUUUGAAGAAUUUGGCUACCAAGUUGAAUGUGUCAUCACUGCAUAUAACUUUUCCAUCUGAAGGUGAAUUUAGCAAGUUGAAGGAUAGUGGAUUGUUGCAAAGAGUUGGGCUGCAAUACCAUUGGACAAACCGAAAUUACAAAUGUUUUGAUGAUUUUUUGAUGGAUUUGAAGCAGCCCAAACGGAAGAAUAUCAGACAAGAACGUAAAAAGAUUCCUGCCCAGAACUUAAAAAUGAAGCGCCUCCGAGGAGAUGAAAUAAAGAGCAGCCACUGGGACACCUUCUAUAGAUUCUACCGUAACACAACUGAUAAUCACUGGGGCAGAGCAUACUUGACGCAGGAGUUCUUUCACCUUUUAGGAGAAAAGAUGGGCGACAAGGUAAUGCUAAUUGUUGCUGAACAUGAUGAUAAAGUUGUCGCUGGAGCUCUUAAUCUUAUUGGAGGCGAUACAUUAUAUGGCCGCUUAUGGGGAUGCCUACCAGAUGCUCAUUUCCCCAAUUUGCAUUUUGAAGCUUGCUAUUACCAGGCAAUCGAAGCGGCCAUAGAACUAAACCUGAGUAAGGUGGAAGCUGGUGCCCAGGGAGAGCACAAGAUCCAGCGUGGUUACCUCCCUGUGACAACUUACAGCUGCCACUACUUCUUAGAACCUGGUUUUGCGACAGCUAUUGGAAAUUUUCUUGUACAUGAGACAGCUCAGGUUAAGCAUGUCAUCAAUGUCCUGCAUGAAUCAGGUCCAUACAAGGAAGACAUAUUGAAAGAAUUUGCACCUCAACCAGACGGUGAAAUGUAG